GACACAUACCAUCUCCUCUUCCUCUUUCAAAGCACACAAAACACUGAACAGAGAGAAAGAGAAAGAGAGAGAGAGAGGAGAAAUUCUCAAGUCUUCUACCAGGUGCAUCUUUCAUUAUAUGUUCUGCUGCUUGGUAACUGAAAGGCUAUGCUGUUUUAGUCCUUGAUUAUUCUACAAACUUUCUCAGACGUCGAUAUUCUUCAGUGUUCUCUAGUGUCAUCUCAAAAAUCAGGGAAUGCUGAAAGAUGUGCUUGAUAGUUGAAAACUCCUUUGCUGAGGUUAAUGAGUUUCUGCCUCCCCAUGAGCUACCCUUGUUCAACCUUGAUGAGAUUGGAUGUUUAGUCCACUGCCCAUAUCUUUUCUGUGCUCAAGCGACUGAGGUGCCAAAAAAUCUCAGCCAUUCUUUGAUCUCAAAACAUGAUGUUUGUGAAGACGGUUGAACUUUGAAUUUCUGUGUAGCAGUUUCCUGCUUCCGGCCCUGUGAUUGCCUAAAUUUUGUUCUAUUGAUAUUAGCAUUGGUUUAUACAAAACGUAUUGCUAGAAAUGGAGCAGAAAGGAAGUGUGCUUAUGCAACGAUAUGAACUAGGAAGAUUAUUAGGCCAAGGAACUUUUGCGAAGGUCUACCAUGGAAGGAACCUCAAAACUGGCAUGAGUGUAGCCAUUAAAAUUAUUGAUAAAGAGAGGGUUUUGAAAGUUGGCAUGAUUGAUCAGAUUAAGCGUGAAAUUUCAGUAAUGAGACUGAUCAGGCAUCCACAUGUGGUAGAGCUUUAUGAGGUAAUGGCCAGCAAAACCAAAAUUUAUUUUGUCAUGGAGUAUGUAAAAGGAGGGGAGCUAUUCAACAAGGUAUCCAAAGGAAAGCUAAAGCAAGAUGAUGCUAGGAGAUAUUUUCAGCAAUUGAUCAGUGCUGUUGACUACUGCCAUAGCCGAGGUGUGUGUCAUCGCGAUCUGAAACCCGAAAAUCUUCUAUUGGAUGAAAAUGAAAAUUUGAAGGUCUCAGAUUUUGGGUUAAGUGCGCUUGCUGAAACCAAGCACCAAGAUGGACUACUCCAUACUACAUGUGGUACCCCUGCGUAUGUAGCCCCAGAAGUGAUAAACAGAAAGGGUUAUGAUGGAGCCAAAGCUGAUAUAUGGUCAUGUGGUGUGAUCUUGUAUGUUCUAUUGGCUGGUUUUCUUCCAUUUAGAGAUUCAAAUCUGAUGGAGAUGUACAGGAAGAUUGGCAAGGGAGAAUUCAAAUUUCCUAACUGGUUUGCACCGGAUGUACGCAGAUUGUUGUCCAGAAUCUUGGAUCCAAAUCCAAAGACCAGGAUAUCAAUGGCCAAAAUUAUGGAAAGUUCUUGGUUCAAAAAGGGGUUAGAGAAGCCCAUCAUCACCAAGAAUGACGACAAAGAACUAGCUCCUCUUGAUGCUGAUGGAGUAUUUGGAGCUUGUGAGAAUGGAGGCCCUAUGGAACUGUCAAAAGACUCAAAACCUUGUAAUUUAAAUGCUUUUGAUAUCAUCUCUUUUUCAUCAGGUUUUGACUUGUCUGGUUUGUUUGAGGAGACUGAUCGAAAGAAAGAAUUGCGAUUUACAUCUAACAAGCCGGCUUCAAUUAUCAUCUCUAAGCUAGAAGAAAUUUGUAAGCGUCUUCGGCUGAAAGUGAAGAAGAAAGAUGGAGGUUUGUUCCAGUUAGAAGGUUCCAAGGAAGGAAGGAAAGGGCCUUUGGGUAUUGAUGCAGAGAUUUUUGAGAUCACCCCUAUCUUUCAUCUAGUGGAGUUAAAGAAGUCCAAUGGAGAUACAUUAGAGUACCAAAAGCUUUUGAAACAAGAAGUUAGGCCUGCACUUAAGGACAUUGUUUGGAAUUGGCAAGGAGAACAGCCACAGCAAUUGCAACAUGUAGUAGUGCAGAAAGAGGAACAGCCUUAUUCUGGCAUAUCAGAGGUUGUAGCACAACCAACUGCAUAAUGAUAUUUUGUCCCUAAAUUGAAUUAUUUUUAUGUUAUGUGCUUUUAGUCUUCUUUAUGUUCUUGCUUAGCUUGUAUAAUUAGUUGCAUAUUUAACCAUUUGGGUAUUUUGUUCUCUGUAUUGACUAUAUGUUAUAAAUGGCAUUAGCAUUUUUUGGCUUAAAAUGGUGGGUGGUGCUAAGAAUUUGCUGUAACUUUAAUAGCAUACUUUACUAAGAUCCCUUCUUUAUAUUAUUAGGGGAAAUAAAACACGAUCAGUUUUAUUUUUAUAAAACUCCUCUUU